CUCUAUCUCUGCUUGUGGCAUCCCUAAAAACUAUCGAUAUACCUCAGGGAUUUGCAUGCCAAAAACGCCGAAUAUAAAUUUUUGGUUUUGUUUAUAAAAAUAGUACCAAAAUGGCGGCAGGUCCCAUUGCUGAACGCAACCAAGAUGCCACUAUCUAUGCCGGCGGUUUGGACGACAAGGUGUCGGAAACGCUGCUCUGGGAGCUUUUUGUCCAGGCGGGGCCAGUGGGUAAGUCUAGUAUUUCAUUGUUAAUCUCAAGAACACCCCUAAUCCCUGCCCUUCCAGUCAACGUGCACAUGCCCAAGGACCGUGUCACCCAAAUGCACCAGGGCUACGGAUUCGUGGAGUUCCUCAGCGAGGAGGACGCCGACUAUGCCAUCAAGAUCAUGAACAUGAUCAAGCUAUAUGGUAAACCCAUUCGCGUGAAUAAGGCGUCGGCUCAUCAGAAGAAUCUGGACGUGGGCGCCAACAUCUUCAUUGGCAACCUGGAUGUCGAGGUGGACGAGAAGCUUCUGUACGAUACAUUCUCCGCUUUCGGGGUGAUCCUGCAGACACCGAAGAUCAUGCGAGAUCCAGAGACGGGCAAGUCGAAGAGCUUCGCCUUCAUUAAUUUCGCCAGCUUCGAGGCCAGCGAUGCGGCCAUGGACGCCAUGAAUGGCCAGUACCUAUGUAAUCGUCCUAUUUCCGUAUCCUACGCCUUCAAGAAGGACCACAAGGGCGAGCGACACGGUUCGGCGGCGGAGCGACUGCUGGCCGCCCAAAAUCCUUCGGCUCAUGCUGACAGACCUCAUCAACUCUUCGCCGAUGCGCCAGUUCAGAAUAUGAUGCCGCAGAUGCCUGGCCAAAUGAUGCCGCCACCGAUGAUGGCUCCACCGCCGCCAGUGGUGCCCGUUUCGAAUAACAACAUGAGCAUGAUUGCGCCACCGCCUCCCGUGCCCCAGCCCACGCCGUUCCCAGCCACGAUCCCGCCGCCGCCACUGCCGCCGAUGGCCGGGGGACAGCCGCCUCUUCCGCCGGCAAUGGGCAUCCCGCCGCCGCCACGCAUGAUGCAACCCAAUGCUUGGGCACCGCCCGGCAUGCCGGCGCCACCGCCCAGACCACCACCAACCAACUGGCGUCCACCGCCCGUACCCUUCGCCCCUGCGCCCUUCUCACGGCCCUACCAACCCGACGGCUACCAGUACUAAGCUAGGUCUAGCGUGUAGUGUAUACCAAUUGGACGAGACGAAAUAAAUUUUAAUAGGAUUUAUUAAUAAGGGAUGCUCUGGUAUAAGUUAAGACUAGUUGGGAUAAACUCUUGUCCUUUUUAUGCAUUUAAUAUUCUCACAGUUUAAAAUCGAUUUUUUGUUUCGAUUUUUAAUACAAUAUGUUUAAAUCAAGUCAGAGCUGCUACUUUUAAUCCUAUCUUUUAACAAUACAACAUAACAUUUUUCCAUUCCUCGAAUGUUGAAUGCUAAAUACUAUUUAGAAUUAGAUUUUUGGCCUUUUAUGCAUUUAAUACACUCAAGAAAUAUAUGUACAUACAUUAUGGCCAAAUGUUUAAAUCAAAUCAAGCCUUUUAAACCAUCAGUCGGAGCCUAGUUUUUCGUUUGUACCAUUUCAGACUAGACCAAAUACAUUUUAAAAAGAUGUGUAAAGAGCAGCUCCAUUCAUGGUUAUCUUUCUUUUUACUCCGGUUUUAAUCCAUCCUUUAUAUUCAUUUAAUAAAAAAUGUAUAAAAACUAGCUUGUAGUUUAUACAAAUUAGGGCAAGUCUGAAUAAAUUCAAAAAGGAUUUAUAAAAUAAAAGACUUGAGAAUUCA